AUGACGGAUAUGGCGGUGGAGGCGGCGGUGGUGGAGGAUAUGGUGGAGGCGGUGGUGCCGGAGGAUAUGGUGGGGGCGGCGAUGAUGGAGGUUAUGGUGGCGGCGGAGGAGGAGGUGGUUAUGAUGGAGAAGGAGGUGAUGGUGGCGGAGGGUAUGGAGGCUCUAGCGGUGGAGGCGGCAGCUCCGGUGGUGGAGGCUAUGGUGGCGGAAGUUCAGGAGGUGGUGGUGGUUAUGGAGGCUCGGGUGGCGGUGGAGCUGGAGGUUAUGGUGGCUCAAGUGGCGGAGGAGCUGGUUAUGGAGGCGGAAGUUCCGGCGGUGGAGGCUAUGGAGGCUCUGGUGGUGGAAGCGGCGGAAGUUCGGGUGGCGGAGCCGGAGGUUAUGGAGGUUCUAGCGGUGGAGGAGCCGGCGGUUACGGCGGCGGAAGUUCCAGCGCUGGGGGCGGUGGAAGUUAUGGCGGCUCCAGUGGUGGAGGCGGUGGUUACGGAGGUGGGGGUUCCGGCGGUGGAACCUAUGGAGGCGAAAGUUCAGGAGGCGGUGGCUAUGGAGGGUCAGGCGGUGGAGGAGCCGGCGGUUACGGCGGCGGAAGUUCCAGCGCUGGGGGCGGUUAUGGAGGCUCUGGAGGAGGCGGAGCUGGAGGUUAUGGUGGGGGAAGUUCAGGAGGCGGCGGCUACGGGGGUGGAAGUUCUGGUGGUGGAGCCGGUGGUUAUGGAGGGGGCAGUUCAGGCGGUGGUGGUUACGGAGGAGGAGGAGGUAGUUCCGGAAGCGGGGGUUAUGGAGGUUCCAGCGGUGGAGCCGGUGGUUACGGAGGCGGAAGUUCAGGUGGCGGAGCCGGUGGUUAUGGAGGGGGCAGUUCAGGUGGAGGAGGCUAUGGAGGCGGAAGUUCCGGGGGCGGAGGCGGAGGAUACGGAGGAGGAAGUGGUGGUAAAAAAGCUGCUCUUUCUGGCGGUUAUUAGUGUCGACGAGAGACCAAUCAAUACCAAAGUGCCACUCAAUACUUCGACUGCACCACAAAUGGUGGUCAACUGGGAGACAAUGUUCGUCAUCCGCGGUCACCACAAGCAGGCCAUCAACAAACUGAUCCACUGUAUCACAAACACCGCCACAAGUGUGCCAUCGAUUGUCACUCAGCACAACGUCCCACACAUUGACCACAAGAUCUUCACGCGAUUGACACAAAUUGUCUCCGUUUACGAGUCGGUGGUCAACAGUACUGACCAUCAGUUUGCGGCUCAAGAGCUCGCCGAAGACCACAACAAGGCUUUCGAUGCCAUCCGACAGUGGCUUUUGGCUAACUAUAGUUGCCAUGAAUUGUUGGAUCAGCUGUUCAUCGACUGUACGCCUCGCGACACCUCAAUGGAUCCGUUGAGCGGUGACAGCGACGAUGGCGUGGAGGACAAGCUGUGGACAAUGACACUACUGGUGCUGAACGUGAUGUACAAAAUGCGGAACUGUAUGUCUGAGCACAAGAUGAUGUUGGAGUUGGGAUGGAUCUGCUUAUCGGAAUUGGACGCGAGUCUGGAGCACAUGAAACCCAAUUACAACCAAAUGCUGGCAGUCCUGCAGACAGCCCUAAACGAGGAGAAAAAGGACAACAAACCGGACGCCGAGGAAUGCCUUCAACUGCAACACGAGGUGAAGAGAUUGCGGCAAAAGAUCAUUGAUUUGCAGCGGAAUGUGAUUCAAGUGAACAAAGAGAAGCAAUUGUUGGCCAAACGGGACAACGCGUCGGCCUCUGGAGCCAAACAACUGAAGCCACAGAAGCGGAUGACACAGAACUCAUUGAAACGGGCCCUCAAUUGCCAGAUCGAGACCAUCGUCGACGACGACCUCCAGACCCCGCACAAGAGGGGCCGCAAACCCAAUGCGGCCAUCGCUGGCAACGGUGACUAUAACUGCGAUAUCUGUAACAAACCGUUUGGAUCGGCGUAUCGACUCAAUCGGCACAUGUAUUCACACACCGGUGAGCGGCCGUACAGUUGUCUGUGGCCGGCAUGUCAUCGACAGUUC